CUCUCUAUAUAAGUGACCCUCUUUCCUCAUUGAAGUCUUUUUAUUCAACACCCUUCAGAACAGAGGCGAUCGAGCUGCGGUGCCCUGCUGCUGCUUGCUCUGUCCUGGCCUUCUGAGGGUAGUUGAAGGUCUGUGCCUGGGAAAAACAGAGCCUUUUGCGUGUGGAGAUUCUGGGGGUUUCUUUGGUUUUCAAGAAAUGUAUGCAGAGACAGGGCUGAUGUUCCCUUGCUUCCAGAACUUGUCACAGGAAGUUCAACAGAUUGAGGAGUUUUGGAAAUCCCACAAGUCAAAUGCCUCUUUGGGAAACCUAAUUCAAGCCUCCGCCAUAUCAGAAUAUGACCUCGGUGGAGAAGGGGAUCUUUUCAAAGCUCCAGAGCCCAUUAUAGAAGAACCGCAGCCGGUUGUGGGCCUUGAUCCAAUGACAGCAGCCAUUUCGAUGAUGUCCAGCGGGGAAGACGUCAUGUUGCCUCAAGGACUGAAGGUUGCUGAUUUUAUGUCGCUUCAGAAUGACCCGCUGUUCAGUGAGGUCUUCUAUGAUUGUAAGAAGGAUCUCCUGGAGAAAGCAGGGAUGGAUGCGCCACUAGCUGGAAUUUUCGAUGAAAAGCUACCUCCUAUGAGGAUAGAUGAAAACGAAUCCCUAAAGGAUGAGUUGUCUUUUGAUGUGCCGUUUCAGAAGAGUGUGAGCUCGGGAAGCCUGACCUCAAUGGAAUGGAUGCACGGGGCUGCAGUGAAGCCGAGUUUCCUGGAUUUUUCCGGACUCGAUCUUGGAGCUGUUUACGGGAUGAGAAGGGCAUUCAGUGAAGGAGACAUAAAGACUCUUGGUAAUUGUAAUGUGAGCCUCAUCAGUUCUCCACUUGAGCAGCCGAUCAUCGUCAGCAACUGCACCAGUGAAGAACGCCGGGAGAAGCUCUCAAGAUACAGAAACAAGAAAACAAAGAGGAACUUUGGGAGGAAGAUCAAGUAUGCAUGCAGGAAGGCGCUCGCGGACAGUCAACCCAGGAUUCGUGGAAGAUUCGCAAAGACCGAGGAAUGUGACACUCCCAAGAGACAGUAAAUGUUGGGCACUGACUGCCAAUAACUGGGCCGCAAUAGCCGUUCCAGAGGAAUACCAGAGAGUUUCACAAAGAGAGCCAAGGAAGGCGAUGAAGAAAGUUUGUCGAGGUUACGACUCAGUAAACGGAAUCCCCAACUCCCACAAACUAGCUGCUCUCUAGAUCCACCGUAGUAACACUCCUUUAUAGACCAGUAGCUGCCGCCAUGAUCUGUACAUAGGUUUGUUGAACAAUAAAUGGUGGUCGAGAAAGAGAUGUAGAUGCUCGUAUUCGCAUAUAUCUAUGUCGUUUCUGUAUCGGGUGCAUUGAGGCCAUCACGACUUAGUGAGUUCUUCCAUCACUA